GAACAGGACUACAAGCUGUACAAAGAAUCGUGUGAGAGUUUAGCCAAACUCAUGAGUGAGAUCCAGGAGCUGAAAGCCAGUGGAGCCAAGGAAGGGAGUGCGGAGGUGGAGCAGAAGCGAAUGCAGAGCUGCAUCCUCUUCAUGAAUCUGAAAAAACUCAACCGUCUGGCUCAUAUGCGGCUGAAGAGAGGCAGAGACCAAACACAUGAGGCUAAACAGAAAGUUGAUGUGCUUCACCUUCAGCUGCAAAACCUGCUCUAUGAAGUUAUGCAUCUUCAGAAGGAGAUCAGCAAAUGUYUAGAAUUCAAGUCUAAACAUGAAGAAAUUGACUUGGUGAGYGAAGAGGAGUUUUACCAGGACGCCCCGACAGAAAUCUCCAGGCCUCAGCUCACAAAAACUGAUGCCCAUCAGCUCACGUUGGCUCGACUGGACUGGGAGCUCGAACAGAGGAAAAGGUUGGCAGAGAAAUACAAGGACUCACAGGCAACAAAGGAGAAAAUUCAGAAGACUAUUGAAGUGAAGAAGGAGCAUCUGAGGAGCUUGCAGCCAGGACUUAAUGCUAUUAUGCAGGCAUCUCUCCCAGUGCAGGAAUAUCUGUCYAUGCCAUUUGAACAGAUCCAGAAACAGACAGAGGUUGCGCGGCACCUGCCUCCACCUCUCUAUGURCUGUUUGUUCAAGCUAAUGCUUACGGCCAAGCUUGUGAUAAGAACCUGACUGUGUCAAUCGAUGGAGAUGUAGAUGAGGCCAAAGCCCUGUCCAAACCUCCAGAUGAUUCCCAGGAUGAUGAGAGUGAUUCAGAUGCAGAGGAAGAACAAGAGAAAACCAAGAGAAGGCGACCAACCACAGGCGGCCAGCUGGAUGACAAAAGACGGGAGAUGAUAAAAAGGCACCCACUCUCCCUGUGCUUGGACCUUAAGUGUAAAGACGGCAGCGUUCUGCAUUUAUUCUUCUACUACUUGAUGAAUCUGAACAUUAUGACGGUCAAGACCACAGUCUCCACCUCCACUGACCUCAGCAUGGCCAUCAGUGCUGGGGAGCUUCUUAAAUCAGACACUCUCCUCAGCUGCCUCUACACCAGUGACCAGGGCAGAGAAACUCCCAAUCCAGCCAAUCGCUACCAGUUUGAUAAAGUCGGGAUUGUUUCAUUUGCGGAUUAUGUGGAGGACCUGGGAUAUCCCUAUAUGUGGGUUCAGAAUCUCGGAGGACUGCACUUUCCUGGUGAAUCUUCAGAGGGUGUGCUGGUGGGGAGUUCUCUGAGUGCCAGCCACAUGGAGAGCACCAUGAAGCUGCUGAGGGGACGAGUCCAGUCCCGCUUGGCUCUGCACAAACAGUUUGCCUCUUUAGAACACAGCAUUGUUCCAAUCACCAGUGAGUGCCAGAACCUGUUUCCUGCCAAGAUCAUCUCCCGCUUAGCGAGUUGGACCACCAUCAGUCAACAUGAGUACAUGGCGCUGCCUUACACCCGUCAUGUAACUGAUGCCGGACUGGCCAAGGAGACGGACCUGUACUUUAUGGCAGUCAUAGAAAGAGGCACAGCUCGACUCCAUGCCGCAGUGGUUCUGAGUCCCCGUUACCCAGAGAUCUCUCCUCUGUUUUCUUUGUCUCUGAACUGGAAGGGAGAGUGUAGUGGACGCACUGACGACAACCUUCGUGCCAUGGAGAGUGAAGUGAACGUGUUUAAAAAUGAGCUGCAGGGACCUCGGCCGGGGCACCAGCUUCUCACCAAUCAGAUAGCUCGCCUGUGCGUCUGCCUGGACCUGUAUUUGGAGACAGAAGGACAAGAUGACAGCGUAGAAGGACCUCGUGAGUUCCCUCGUGAAAAGAUGUGCCUGCGCACUGUCAGGGGUCCUAAUCGCCUGAAGCCAUUCAAGUACAACCAUCCUCAGGGUUUCUUCAGUCACCGUUAAACCUCUGUGUACUAGUCCUUUUCACUUCUUUACUGUUAUUUGAUACACAAAGACACCCUUUUUACAAGUUUAGAAAAUAAAAACACUUUUUCUUCACAAA